AGCGUAUGUUCCAACUUCCAGUUAUAAUUAUACGCAGUGAGCAACCGCAAACUGCAUAGUUGGACAUUCAUUCUUGCGAUACAUAAGACUUAUUGCUGUACGUAUUGGCGAUUACGAUUAUUUAUUGAAAUCAAUUGUUACAUUUCAUCAGCAAGUCAGAACUAACGAGGUACAAGCAGUGUACCGAGCCAGUGCUAAUAAUAUUAUUAAUGUAGUGUAGUUAAUUAAGUGUUAGCCCAGUGAGUAGUAGUGUCGUAUUUCUUGGAUUGUUUAUAAUUGAAAUGCCCUUUCGAGGAUCUCGUUUCCGUGGUUUCCCGUUUGACGAGGAGGACGGCGCAUGGAGUGAACUUGCCUCGCGACAUCCCGACAUAGCAGCGCGUCUGCGACAGCGACCAGCCACCUGGGCCAGAAAGCGACGACCCUCGAGUCAGGACGCCACUGACGAUUUUGGUGACAACUUCGGCGGAUUCGACAGAUUUCCAUUCGACGAUAUCCCGUCAGAGUUUAGGGAGCACUUCCCUUCACAUUGGAAUCGUAGGUUUGGAUCUCGUGAAGAGCAACCGACUACGCCGACACAUCAGCAGCAGCCACCGCAGCAGCAAACCGCAGCCACACAAACAGAACCGAAACCCGGACCUUCAGACCACGAAGAGCAGCAAUUACCACAAUACGGCCUAAGGAACACGGUCGACCUCGGCCAAAAGAGCCCAGCUGAUCCCAGUUUAGUUGAUGCUGAAGAUAGAACACACAGGUCUAUGUCAGCGCCGCCAGACAACCGAUCCGCUAACAAGAUGAGUGGAAAGCACCAAGAUCACUCUCCCCAGCAAGAACAAUCCUCCAAUGUCCGACAUAUACCUAUUUUCGUUGAAGGCAGGGAUGAGCCAGUCAUCAAUAAAACAGUAGACCACGGAACUCACUUUGGCGAAACGAAGCAAACUUAUGUGCCUCCACCGCAACCUCACAUCGAUAGAGACCAAUAUUUCGCAGACGACACCCCGCAUGGAUUCCACCAUCCGCCAAAUUUCUCAAGAACAUUCGGUACUCCGUUUAACAAAGGCUUCAGGCAAGGCCCUCAGCCUUUUAGCCAGCAAAAGAUGUAUCCACAAAACGCGUUCACGCGCGGCGCGUCACCACAAAGAUCUCAGUCACCGAAGCCACAGACGCAUCAAGAGGAGCCUUUCGUAAAAGUGCCGGUCUACCACGAGCAGUCUACGCCUCAGUCCAAGCCUCAGGCUAAACAGCCAUCUCCGCAGCGCGCAUCUCCAUCUCCCAAACCCCCUCAACAGGCUCCUCAAGCACCACCAAAACCUAAACCGCAGCCCGCUGCAAACGAUCCCAUCACACAAAUCCUUAGUAUUCAAUCCGACGUUCUAAAUCUUAUGACGGAAGUCGAGAACUUCUCUGGUACUAAAACGGAUAAAAAAUAUGUUUACCUAGAUGAGAUGUUAACUAGAAAUCUCAUAAAGCUAGACAAUAUAGAAACGGAAGGCAAAGAAAAUAUACGACAAGCUAGAAGAGAGGCGAUUAAAUGUAUACAGAAAUGCAUAAAUGUUUUAGAAGCUAAAGCGGAACAAGGCAGUGCCCCUCCACAGCCCCAAGUCGUGGACAUGCAAGCUACCGCAGACAAUGCAGCUGAACAAGAGUCUGUACUAAAUGGUGAUGUAGAAAUGAAAGAAGCUCCACAAGAGGAAGUUAAGGCUGAGCCCCAAGUUGAGCAAGUACCUCAGCCUCAAUCACAAGAAAAUGACAAACCUUCAUCAGAACCUGAGAAAACUAUGGAAACUGAACCUAUCACGACUGAGCAAGCUCCUGUAAAGAGUGAGAGUACUCAAAAGAUGGAAUCUUCGCCGAUAGAGGUAGCUUCUUCCCAAACUCAGCCUGAAGGUGAAAAGGCCCAACUGGAACCUAUGAAACCAGAACCACAACCAGACGUUAUAGAUACGCGACCGAUUGACACCAAAACUCCCGAACCAGAAACGAAGCCUGAAACUAUAGAAGUUGAAAAGAAAAGUCCCAAAAAGGUCACCAAAGUCGUUAAAAAACGUGACAAAAGCAAAGACAAAACAGAUAAAGAUGCAAAAGAUACGGCCAAUAAAGAAGCCGUAAAAGAUAACAAGGAAGCAGAUAGCAAUAAACAGGAGAGCAUAGAUAAAAUUGAAACAAAGGGAAACGGAGAUUGUAUGGAAGUAGAUGGUGGUGCUAGUCAAUAAAUUAGUUUUCGUUAGCGAAUUCUUGUAGGAGGGAUAGUUGCACUGGCCUAAUCACCUCUUGUGUUUGCCUACACCAGUGUUGCAACAUGUAUUUAUGUUUGUAAAAUAUUUUAAGUUUCUAAUAUUGUGAUGCAGAUGCUAUCCACUAGGAUUUGAUCGCUGGUUAUUUAAAUCCUAAUAUAAUAAAUAAUUUAUUGUUUAUCGUAUGUGAUAACAUUUUCUCAAUAAACUAUACCUUUUAAA